AUGGGGAAUUGCCAGGCUGUAGAUGCGGCGGCAUUAGUGAUACAACACCCGAGCGGCAAGCAAGAGAUGAUGUAUUGGCCGAUAACGGCUAGUGAGGUCAUGAAAACGAACCCGGGUCACUAUGUAUCCCUCAUAAUCCCCUUGUCGGUUUUCGGUGAGGAUUUAAAUCAGAACAAGAAUGUUCGGUACACUCGUGUCAAGCUCCUCCGGCCAAACGAUACUCUUGUCAUGAACGUACUUAAAGCCAAGAAGCAUGCAAAGACGAAGAAAAAAGAAUCGGAAAUAGGCGAAAACUUGCCGAUAAGACACGAAAAGCAGAGCACCGGUUCUCGGGCAGCAAAGAAGGACAAUGCGGUAAUUUUCCAGUCUUACGUCAUUUUGCAUUCAAGACAAAAUCAUGGCGGCCAUCUUUACAGAGCAUCUCAGAGUCUGGAAGCUGAU